UUGAGGGAAGCCAGGCCGGUCGGGCUCGCAGCGGGCAGGCCUCGGGCUCUCCAUUUCUCUCUCUCUCUCUCUCUCCUCUCUGGUCUCAUCGGCCUCGGCUGCUCGGCUUCUGCUGGCGGCCGAACAGCCACCCGCGCUAAACAUAUACCAUUUUGGAGUUUAAAGUAUGUCAUCAUGGCAAAGUUUCGAAGAAGGACUUGCAUCAUUUUGUCACUUUUUAUUCUAUUUGUUUUCUCUCUGAUGAUGGGUUUAAAAAUGCUGAGACCAAAUAAAUCUGCUUUCGGAGAUCCUUUUGGACUUGACCUUCUUCCAGAACUUCAUCAACGCACUCCUCACUUGGGGAAAUUUUUUCAUUCCCAAAAGAGCGACAAAAUCAACAGUGAAACAAAUAUCAAGAAUUUAAAAAGUGUUGAAAUGACUAUGAAACCUUCCAAAGCCUCUGAACCUUACCUGGAAGAAGUGCCACCUCUGAAUUAUUAUUUACAUGUAUUUUAUUACAGUUGGUAUGGAAAUCCACAAUUUGAUGGUAAAUACAUACAUUGGAACCAUCCAAUGCUGAAGCACUGGGACCCUCGGAUAAGCAAGAAUUAUCCACAGGGGAAACACAACCCCCCAGAUGACAUUGGCUCCAGCUUUUACCCCGAGUUGGGAAGUUACAGCUCUCGGGAUCCUUCUGUCAUUGAAACACACAUGAAACAAAUGUACUCAGCAUCAAUUGGUAAUUAUUUUAUGUGUGUGUGUUUAGGUGUACUAGUCCUGUCUUGGUACCCACCCAAUACAAGUGAUGAGAAUGGAGAAAAUGCAGAUGACUUGGUACCAACUAUUUUGGACAAAGCUCACAAAUAUAAUCUGAAGGUUGCUUUUCACAUUGAACCAUAUAGCAAUCGAGAUGACCAAAACAUGUACAAAAAUGUCAAAUAUAUUAUAGACAGAUACGGAAAUCAUCCGGCCUUUUACAGGUACAAGACUAAGAACGGCAGGGCUCUUCCUAUGUUUUAUGUCUAUGACUCCUACAUUACAAAGCCUGAAAAAUGGGCCAAUCUGUUAACCACCUCAGGGUCUCACAGCAUUCGCAAUUCUCCUUAUGAUGGAUUGUUUAUUGCUCUUCUAGUAGAAAGCAAACACAGAUAUGAUAUCCUUCAAGGAGGUUUUGAUGGAAUUUACACAUACUUUGCCACAAAUGGCUUUACUUACGGCUCAUCAUAUGAGAAUUGGGCUACACUCAAAUUCUUCUGUGAUCAGUUCAACCUAAUGUUUAUCCCAAGCGUGGGCCCAGGAUACAUAGAUACCAGCAUCCGUCCGUGGAAUGCCCAGAACACUCGGAACCGCGUCAACGGGAAGUACUAUGAAACUGCGCUGCGCGCUGCCCUCCAAACCCGCCCCAGUGUCAUUUCUAUCACCUCUUUCAAUGAGUGGCAUGAAGGAACUCAGAUUGAAAAGGCUGUUCCCAAAAGAACCAGUAAUACAGUGUACCUGGACUACCGGCCUCAUAAACCAAGUCUUUACCUAGAGCUAACUCGCAAGUGGUCUGAAAAAUACAAUAAGGAAAGAGUAACUUAUGCAUUAGAUCACCAGUUGCCUGUUUCUUAAUGCAUUAAUUAGAGUUUAACAAUUAUAGAAUUCAGGCAGUUUCAGGAAAUGCAUUUUGAGUUAUGGAGAGAAAACUGUCCAAAUCAGUAUGCAAUGUUACUACUGUCUUUAAUGAAAAUAAUUUGUACUUUUUCUUAAGGUGGUAAUAUCAUUGCCACCCUUCAUAAUGCUGCACUGAGAAAGUAUCUGAGAGAAAAGUUGAGCAAAUAACAUUCCCUGUGGCAUAAAUGUUGAAUUUCUGCCUGAAAUUGAAAUCCUGCUUUGAUAGAAAUUUAAUUCUUAUUUCACAAUAGAUAAGUUCUUGUGCUACAUAAAUAGCACACAGUUAAGUCCUACUUAUUUUCUGAGCUCAUAGAAGUAAGAUUGUGUGCCUAUUUGGUAUGCCUGUGGAAGGUAAAAAACGUAAAAGAUAGUGUACACGUUUCAUUCCUUUUUCAGCGAUUUAAUCAACUUUAUUGUAUUACCUUUCAGACUCUGGAAAACUCUCCAACAGUAAUUCUUCAGAAAAAUAAAAUCAUAUAGCUUAAGCCUUACUGUGAACCAUAUUGUGUUAGGAAGGCCUGUUUUCUGUAGCACAGUGUGUUAUGUAUCAUCACUUGCAAAUUUUUGGUUACCAUAGCAUGCUAGGUGUUUUUACAUGUCUUAUGUUUUUGCUUUACUAUGUUGAAACUAUUGGAAGUUCUUAAAUAGAAGUUAAUUAUUGCUUCUCAAUUUCACAAGACAUAGUUGUCUUACAACUAUUGUGAAGAUAGAAUGCCCAAAAUAUAGUCAUUUUUGGCAUAAUUUGUCAAUCUUUAACUUGUCAUUCUUUUGUUCAUGUUUUUUAAAUUUAAUGUUAAAUCUAGCUGUUAGAUUUUUUUAAAGUUUGUACUGUCAUUGGAUUGUCUUCUUAAUAUUUUCAGCAAUUUUAAUAAAUUAGCAUUUUAGAGACAUGGAAAUGAAAAUUCCUUUAUAGCUUACAUUUGUUCCUGAAGUUUGACUUUUGAUUAAAUUAACACUUGAUACUGGGAAUAAUAUUCCACUUAAAAGACAAUACUUUUAAGUUUUUGUAGAUAAUAAUAUUCCCAUUUACAAUCAUUAUAAUUUUAUGGUAACUAUCAGUUUCAAUACUUGUGAUGUUUUCAUAUUGUGACAAAUUAAUCACCUGUAUGCUAAAAAAAUCUCUUUACAUUAAAAACUAGAGAAUAAAAUGCACUCUGUUAUUAUAUUUAAUAUUUCUAGCUAGAACUAUAGUAAAAGAAUUUAAUAUGUAUGAUAUUACAUGUAUAUUUCUUAGAUAUUUAAUUUAUUAAAGAGAAGCAAUAAGAUAAGAACAAUAAUAUACAUCAAGAGUAGCAGUGGAAUAUAUCAUAAAAUAUCCCAUUAGAUGAUAAAAUUUAUUUUAAAGCAAUGGUUUUAAAGUGAAAUAUCAAAUCUUUUUAAGAAGGCACCAUUAAUAUUAAACAUAUUUAUAACUUAAGAAUUCACCAUUUCUAGAGAAUGACUAGGCCAUGGGAAAUUAGUAUGAUAGUAACAAUCUAUUUUCUAGAGAAAAUUACAAGAAAAAAAUACUAUUGUGAUAUAUUAUAGCCAAGCAUAUGCAUAGGGAUGCUCACACAGAAAAAAUCCUGUGGAGUUUUUUUCUAAUAUCCAUUUAGCCACUGUGUGUUAUCUUAGGGAUAAACGUUAAAUAUGUCAUACUUAAAUAGUUGUUCAUAACAUACCAUAUUCUAUUAAAGCUUAGAGAAAUACCUAUUACAGAGGGAUUUUUGUCAUGCUUAUGUUAUAUGUUUGAACUCACCAUGACAAAAAAACCCUAUGAACUAGUUCUGAGAUUAAGGGAGAGUGUAUAAAAACAAGGUCAGCGAAUCCUCAACCCCAUUCAGCCAGUAACAGUCAGUCAAAUUUCAAAGUAAAAUAAAAAACAGAUCCUGUCUUCAUUGCAGAAAGAGCAACUUACGCAUUAGAUCACCAGUUGCCUGUUUCUUAAUUUUGUUUCUUAAUGCAUUAAUUAGAGUUUAAUAAUUAUAGAACUCAACCAGUUUCAGUAAAUGCUUUUUGAGUUAUGGAAAGAAAACUGUCCAAAUCAGUGUGCAAUGUUACUACUGUCUUUAAUGAAAAUAAUUUGUACUUUUUCUUAAGGUGGUAAUAUCAUUGCCACCCUUCAUAACGCUGCACUGAGAAAGUAUCUGAGAGAAAAGUUGAGCAAAUAACAUUCCCUGUGGCAUAAAUGCUGAAUUUCUGCCUGAAAUUGAAAUCCUGCUUUGAUAGAAAUUUAAUUCUUAUUUUGGCCAAAGUAAGAAUGUUUGGAAUCUGAUCUCAUAAUGGUUUACUAAUUUAUAACUAUAUGAAUAUCAUAUUUCUUCUGUUUAAAAAAUACAGUCAUUAGGAGGAAUUAUCUCUAAUGAUUUUAUUACUCCUAGGGAGGAAUGCUUUCAAAAUCUUCCUCAGGUAUUCAUUAUAGCCGCUUCACUAUCUGACUUGUAACAAUUUAGAUCAUAAGAGCAAAAAAUUGAUUUCUUAAUUUUAAAAACUAUUCAAUAAACUAAAAUAACUUAAAAAGCAGUGUAAUAUAUGCAAUGCAUGAAUCAUAAUGAAUUAUUUAAUGAUUUAAUCAGCCUAAUUGCUUUUACUAUAUAGAAACCAAAUCUUUUAUGAUUUCCCUUAAGGACUAAUGUUAGAAACUGCUGUUAUUAAUGUUUAUCUCAGUUGUAUAUUAACUUUUGUUUGUUUAAAAGUCUGUAAUUAAAAGAUGACUAUUUUGUUAUAUGGGGUAAUUAACUUUAUUAAAAGCAUACAUGAAACGUA